GUUCGGUUCAUGAACUCUUAUGAAGGAUUUAAUGAAAAGUCUAUUGAAGAAAUCCAUUGGGAGAAUACUUCAGUAUCCCAGACGGGUAAAAGUGGGUGGGCACUGUUGCGCGCGUAUCUCUGAUAAACUCAUAACAAUCGCUCACAAUAAUCUUUAUACCAUCAAAUAUCCCCCAAAAUCAACCCGAACUCAUUAUUUUAUAGAAUGACUAAACACAGAGACUCUUCUAAAAUUGCCUGUUUGCAGCUCAUUCAUAAUUCAUGAGGUUUGACGUGAGCGAGUGUGCGCGUGUCCGCGGUGGGUCUGAUCAGCUCACUGUGCGCGCGCACCUGGUCGUGUCCUGUGACGCUCGCGCGGAUGCUGCGAAUGAUUUCUGAUCAAAUAUAAUGAUGAAGAGAAACGGAGCGGAGUCAUGAUGGAGAAAACAACAAAUAUAUGAAGAAACGACCGACUGAAUGUAAGCUGCCGCAGUGAAGGAGAUGGUGUACUUCCUGUCUGUGGAGGGUGUGAAGCCCUCGUAUCACUCCAACCUCCUCUUCAACACGACCAUCAACCAAUCAUACAGGUACGACCCCUCGACCCUGCCGGGCACUUCAACACCCGUCCUCUGCAGACUGGACGCCCUGUCACCCGCCUCCUCUCUCCAGACCAAUGGCUCCCUGAUCUCGUACGAUCUGACCCCGGGUGAGGUCACCGUUCUCGGGCUGAUAUUUGGGCUGUUCUGGGUGAUCUCGGUGCUGGGCAACUCGCUGGUGUGUCUGGUGAUCCACCGCAGCCGCAGAACUCAGUCCACUACUAACUACUUUGUGGUGUCGAUGGCGUGUUCUGACCUUAUGUUGAGUCUCACGUGUGCACCGUUUAUUCUACUGCAGGUGUGUGCGGGUCACUGGCCUCUGACCGCCGCCGCGUGUAAAGCCGUGCGUUACCUGCAGCACUUGUGUCCAGGCGUCCAGGUGUAUGUGCUUCUGUCCAUCUGCGUCGACCGUUUCUACACCAUCGUUUACCCGUUGAGUUUCAAAGUGUCCCGUGAGAAAGCCAAACGGAUGAUUCUGGCGUCUUGGAUCUUCGAUGCGGCUUUUAUAUCGCCAUGUCUGUUUUUCUACGGAUCGUCUUCGCCCACGACUCAAGGUCACUGUGACUUUUUCUUACCGGACAGCUGGGACGGGCUGGCGUACGCGAUCGCGCACCUGCUGUUUGGGUUCCUGGUUCCAGCGCUUCUCAUCCUGUCGUUCUACCAGAGAGUGAUCCGAUACAUCUGGAGAAUCAGCGCCGACAGGCGGACAGUCCGCAGAACCAUGAACAUCGUCCCCAGAACGAAAGUCAAAACCAUAAAGAUGUUCCUGAUGCUCAAUCUGAUGUUCCUGCUCACCUGGAUGCCGUUUUACAUCGCUCAGCUGUGGCACCCGAAGGAGACGUCUGGUUCCGGCAGACAGGGGGCACUGUUCUUCAUCACUGUGGCCUGGAUCUCGUUCAGCUCGACGGCUUCCAAGCCGACGCUUUACUCCGUAUACAACGCCAACUUCAGACGCGGCAUGAGAGAAACUUUCUGCAUGUCAUCCAUGAAGUGUUACCGUAGCAACGCGUACACCAUCACCGCCAGCUCGCGAAUCUCUAAAAAGAACUACGUUGGCGUGGUUGAUAUUCACGUGCCGGCAAAAACUCUCAUCAAAGACUCAGUUGAUGAUACUUUUGACCGGGAAGCAAAGGAGAAGAAGUUAGCAUGGCCGAUUAGCACCAACCCACCAAACACAUUUGUAUAGAAGAGUCUCGGACGUUUAAUAUGAUCACCACUGACGACGUAGAACAAUAAAAACACAUUUGACCCAAUAAACUAAAUCUGUUUAAAUGCAGAAAACAUGUGGUGCUAAUUGAGUUUAGAUACAAAUCUGUGACAUCACAAAGAAAGUCUUGCGUAAGCAGCUACAAACAUCCAUAAAGUUGUUUUUUUUUUUUACCUUUCUAUGUUUCUCUGUUUUCUGGUUAGUCUGAUUAUCCUACGGUGGCCUGUUGGUGCCAAACAGGUUUGAUUUUCAUCUUGGAGUGUUUUUGUGCCUGUAGUUACAGAUGAAUUCUGUCUCUCAUUGUUAUUAUAUGCGUUUCAACAUGUCAUUUUACAAUUAAACAUGUACGAUUAAAAUGAACAACUGAAUGUCAACAUGAAACACUGUUCACCCAUUUUACAUCCAUAAUGUGGCGUAACAGAAAAUUAAAUGAGAAAUAAAUGUAUGGCUGGACUUUGAUUGUAUGAUG